UAUAGCAAGGGUAUGCCUGGGGUGAUGGCGGGGGGUCCUCGGAGGAGUGGACAGCACGGGCUUUUUUAAGGUCUCUCUCCGCGUGGACACACAGGGCGCACUCUCUCCCUCUCUCCCUCUGCUUCACAAGCAAGAAGAAAAAGUGCAAACUGUCCUCAUCCGAUUACAUAAUGAUCCAGUAACAGUGAGCCGGAACCGGUGCUGCCAGUGCCAGUGAGCCGGGAGACACUGACUGACCGCUGGGCAAUCCUCAUCCAGGUCUCUCUCUCCCCCCGAAGGGGUUCAAGUUUUUUGUUUUUUUCUUUCUGAGAAAUUUAAUAUUGUUGUUUCAUUUAGAUGCAAGGAAUGACUUCGGUUUAGUUUUGCAAGGGGAAAGGAUGCAAGGCAAUGGUGAAAAGUGACAUCAAACAUGUGUGAACCGUCAACAAGUGCAACGCGGUCAAGACCUUAACAUUUUUGCGGCGUUUUCUUUUUUUUUUCUUUUUUUUUUUUUUUUUUCCCCUCCGAGACACAGAAACCGUCAGUUUGUUUUUGCAAAUGUUUGCUGGACAGUGAAAACUGUCCAUGCUGCACUCAAAGCAAACAUCCGUAACAGGUCAACAGAAAGUGCUGACCAUGACUUCGGCCACUCCCCCGUCCUCCGAAGGCUCCUCCCCACAGAGAGUGUGCCAUUCCCAGACACAGACGGACGUCGGCAAGCCCCUGCUCAGCUCCACUGGGCUUCCUGUGGUGACUGGGGGAGCGGCAGGAGCCGGGGGGCCCAUCGCCCUGCGCAGGAGGCGCAGAGUCCUCUCCAAAGAUGGACGCAGCAAUGUCCGCAUCGAGCACGUCAGCGGCAGGGGGGCCCUGUACCUCCGUGACCUCUGGACAACUUUCCUGGACAUGCAGUGGCGCUACAAGUUCUUCUUUUUCUCUGCUACGUUUGCCGGGACCUGGUUCCUGUUCGGGUUGCUCUGGUACCUGGUGGCCCUUGUGCACGGAGAUCUGCUUGAGUUUGACCCGCCGUCCAAUCACACGCCCUGUGUAAUGGAGGUGAAGACCUUGACGGGAGCCUUCCUCUUCUCACUAGAGUCUCAGACCACAAUUGGCUAUGGCUUCCGGUGCAUCACGGAGGAGUGCCCCGUGGCAAUAGUCCUCCUCAUUGUGCAGCUGGUCAUCACUAUGGUCAUGGAGAUUUUCAUCACCGGAACCUUUCUUGCAAAAGUUGCUCGGCCCAAGAAGAGAGGCGAGACGGUGAAGUUCAGUCAACAUGCUGUCGUGUCAUACCACGAGGGGCGGCCCUGCCUAAUGAUACGAGUGGCCAACAUGCGGAAAAGCCUGCUGUUAGGAUGUCAGGUGACGGGGAAGUUGCUGCAAACGUCUCUGACCAAGGAGGGAGAAACGGUGCGGCUGGACCAGCGCAAUGUGCCUUUCCAGGUGGACACGUCAACGGACAGCCCCUUCCUCAUCAUACCCCUGACGUUCUACCACAUCAUCGACGAAAACAGCCCGCUCAGAGCCUGGGCAGCAAAGGGUGGCGGAUGGGCGGACCCUGAUCUGGCUGACUUUGAGCUGCUGGUUAUCAUGAGUGCCACAGUCGAACCGACUUCUGCAACCUGCCAGGUCCGAACAUCCUACCUCCCGGAUGAGAUCCUCUGGGGAUACGAGUUCCCCCCCGUCGUCUCCCUGUCCCCGUCAGGGAAAUACGUGGCUGAUUUUGCCUUCUUUGACAAAGUGGCAAAGACCAAAACUCCCUUCUGUAAGCAGCUUUCAUCACUAAAUGACAAAUCCGAGACACAGUACAACGGUACAAACGAGGAUGAAGCAAGUCGGGAGAAGCACAAAGGGAAGGAAAAGAAGCGAGACAGGGGACGCAUCAGAGAUAGCAGCCCGCUGAGCGUUCGAAUUAGCAAUGUUUGAAGAAGAUGUAAACAGGAAGCUGUGGGAGGAAAUGAAGGUGAGGUGAAUAAGAAACAGAAAGAAGAAAAACAAGUAAGCUGCUAAACCGAUGAAAUACCAUUAAAUUUUUCAUCUACCUACACACACUGACAUUGUCUUAUACAUACGUCAAACCUCGACCACGCAGCAGGAAAACUAAACACCUGGGUUGGCACCGCAGCAUCUAAACAAUAGAAAACCACACGCCUGUAAAUAACGAACUGAAGAUAUCUGCAACCAGCCUUAGACAGACGAAACUUGACUAUGACAAAUUUACGGCAGGAUUUAAAUGUGUUUUAUAUCAUAUAGCGCACAAUACAAUGUACGCGGCAUUCACAGUUUAAAUUUUGUCUUUGACCGGUUCUCUUGAAGAUGAAAUAUCUCUUUACAAGUGAAAUGGGGGAAAGGGCCAAGAAACUUCUUUGGGUUUGUUGUGUUCAUCACCGAAUCACAGUACUGUUUUUAAAAGCUCCAUUGUAAGGGAUUUGAAUCAGAUUUAGUCGUAAAUCUGAGCCCUCCACUAUACCUUCCUCACCUUAUUAGGAAUGGAUGCAUUAAAGAUUAUAGUGUGAAAACGUGCUUCUCUCCAGCCUGUAAAUAGCUUGUCUAUUCUCUGCUGCUGCAGCAACAUGCAGCAUUGAAUAGGGCAAGGAGGAGGCAUGUACUGUACUGUCUUUAGGUACGAGGUUGCUCUCCCACUUUAAUGCUUAUCGAACGGUUCUCAAACAAAAACGUUUGCACUCAUCUCCUUAUGGCAACACACUGGACCUUUAAAAACUGCCUGCAAUGAACGGGUGGUGUAAAUACUGGAACAUGUUGUUCACGUGUAAUUUUAAAGACUGUAUCAUAUUUUAUUAGAAUCUAACAGCAUUAAUCGUUAAAUGGUCCUCUUUGAUAACUGUCAUGUUGUUACUGGGUUAUAUGAGGCUAUAGUCGUUUUACUAAAAGCACUUUAACUGGUUAUGAAAGUGAGAUUUUUUUUAUAUAUAAACAAGGAAUAACAAAACUAACCUCAUGAUUGUAAUAAGUGAUUAAAUUGUGUGUUUACACUGUGGGCAUGAGAUAAUACUAUUUGUAUGAAACCUUUUGUGAACUGUUUUAAAUCUUUAUGUACAGUAUGUUUCCAUGUAUCCAUGUACAGUGCAUGUAAAUAUAUCUUCCUAAUUUGUUUCCUUUGGGUUCAUAUGGCCCAAUAACGGACUGUUCUGACUUCUCAAUGUAUCAUAGUAACUGAUUUCGGGGCUCAGUGUUGUUGCUGUAAACGGCAUGCAGUAAUAUCUGUCUUUUUACAGCCAACAUUUCGUAACACACUCAGUCUCUAAAGGAAAGGGAAAUAUAUAAAAAUAAAUAAAUAAAGUUAACACAUUAAUUAUAAAAAGAGUACGGUUCUGCAUCAAAGAAGCCAUGUUAUUGUUAAAUUCAUUUUUGAAGAAUGUAGUGGAGGAUUUUUCUAAAAUGUUAAGUCUUGAAAGGACCUUCCAAAACGAAAACAAAAAUGGGUGAAAAUAUAUAUAGACUUUACCUUCCAUAAGUGUUUGCUUUUAACCUUACCUGCAAGCUGAAUUCUUGCAGUAUUUGUGCGUUCACAAACACACGAGAAUCCGUCUUGUACCACUUCAGCUUCAAACUUCGUUUGUGUCUGAACCAAAAACGGUUCAGGCCAAUCAUGUUGCAGUAUUGUGGUUUAAGGCGGGACAUACCGGUGCAGUGAAAGCAAGAGUGCCUGAGCCCCCAGCUAAAGCAACAUAAAGGCUCACUCUGAAUACCCUAAUAGAGCAAGGACUCUUUAGCCAAUGCGGAAGUGGGUCAGCGGUCAACAAAGAUAAGUGCUGUCCGAACAGUGCAGUUAGUAAGGAAGCAAGAUUUGCCUAGUAACCCUACUGUGCCCCUUACUGGCACUAGGGAGCCUUAAGAUAUCUCACAAUCCUUUGAGUGAUAUGACAUAUCAGAUUGCCCCUUCACGUAAAUCAACAAAAAUGGCCAGAGAAAAGAGAGCGGGCACUGUGUAUUUAAUUUUCGAAACGCUGUAGGCCCGGAUUUGAGUCGCAUCAUCAAUGCGAGUCAAAUCCGGCUUUCCAAAGGCUUUCCAAAAUCAGCACAGCAGUCCGGAGUUCCUUUCCUCCCCACCAUAGAAUACUUACUGUUGGCCCUGUGAAAGGUCAAGGAGCAGGAGCUAGGAAAAGGAGCUAGAAGCUAUUAUUAAGGGUAUUUGGAUGGAGCCAAAAAAUGGCAUCGCAGAAUGAUGCAUGCGUAACUCCUGAUAUCACAUCUGUCUUGUAAGUUUCCACAAUUUAUUCUCUGAUAACAGAAAAGCAAGAACUGCCUUGACUAGCUUACCUUUUUAUGUUUUCUUAUGACAUCUGCUGCUUACGUUUUAAUUUAUCACCAUGAUUGGC